UGCGAAGAAGUGAAGAAGCCCUCGGCUUUCAGUUUCCAGUAGAUCUACCAGCAGUCAUCCCUCCGCCGCUAGCCGCUUGGCCAUAGUGGCAUCCAUUGUUUCAAGACUGCACAUUCUUUAAAGUUAACGUCGAUAGCCUACAGAUCUAAUAACAAUUCUUCAAACUUGCACAGGAUGCAGGGAGGGUGUAGUAAAUGUAAUAAAGCUUGGUCAUGGUCACGUUUAAAGGAAGCUUCAACCAACGUGUGUACCGAAUGUUACAAAGUGUUACGUGAACUGAAGGAUUGUGCGUCGAAUUUAUCAUGUGUGAGUAAUUCACCAAAAAAGAGUGCCUCUAGCAAGUCGAGAACAGAAGAAAUGAUGAGCAAACCUUUGGGCUCAGGAUCUGCACCAGGACAGCAGCCAUUGAGACAGAAUGUUGGAGCAGCUAUGCCUCCCCUGAAGAAUGUGCCGUGCUCCAAAAACCCUGGCCACCCAAGAUUCCUACCUGUGCGUCGGCUUACAGCUGACAGUCUUCCUAGAGACUUUCGUAGCCCCCAUCUGGCAGAUAUCAUUCGACUCAAGGGAGAGGAAACAGUCCGACUGACCGUGACCUGGACAAGCCCAGACCGACCUCAGGGGUUUGGUUACGAGGAACUAAAAGGCACGACUACCAUACGACGUGGAAGUGGGACUGCCUUUGUGAUGAACAUGGGCAAAACACAAAGAUGCCCUUCAACGACUUGUUCUCGAAACUUGAGGCCCCACCAAGUGAGUGGAGUUUUCAAGGUUGUGACUGCUGCGCACGUGGUGUUUGAUGACACAGAAGCUGGAAAUACGACGGUAGACUUCUUCUUAGAUGACGAGAGGGAAACAGGCAAUGUCGUCAUUGCGCAAGGUGUCAAGAUCACAUCUGUUGAUGUAGAGAACAACCGAUCUGUCAUGGAGUGCAUUACACAUGACUUGCAGCUCUAUGACAAGUUACAGCACUUUCGAGAACGCAAAGACAGACUACUUUCUGAGAUCCCAACCAAACAAUCUCUGCCCAGUACAGCAAAUGCUGGUGCUGAUGCUGUUUCGACGGGUCUAGCCGUUUCCACGGAUAAUUAUUUGACUAUACUCAUAUCACACCCUCAUGGUGGAACGAAGCAUAUAAGUUUCGGAGAACUUCAAAAGGUCACUCGGUCGGGUUCAAGUGUCAAUGUGAAGGACAUGCCUCCUUUGGUACGCUGUACAAUGAACUACUCAACACCCACCUGUCCAGGGUCUGGGGGAGGGACUGUCAAUGUGUUCAACAAGUUGGGACAAUGCGUUGCUUUUGCACCUCACUUUGGUGUAUCGGAGAGUGGAACUAAUAAGAGUGGAGCAGGCUGGAUUAGAGAAUCGGAGCUGACUUCUGCAACUUCUUUGAAAAAGUGAAGUUUUUCUCGGAGAUAACAACUUCACCUAUACUGUUUUCCUUGUGCCCCAAUGGGGACCAGUGGCUGUGCAUUUGAAAAAGAAUAUAACUUGAAUAUUAGGACAAGCUUCAGACAGGAAAAAAAAAGAUGAGACAGGCAAGCAGGCAGAGAGAAAAGGGGGGUGGUGGUGGUGUCUGCGGUGUAGCAGUGAGAUGCUUCGUUGUCACAUCUGAGUUUAAUUUUGAAAUGGGGAGAAAUUUUAUAUAGAGUAUCUUUCUGCUUGGGUGUUGUAUCCCUCUCAGCCUGGGCUGGCCCUGACAGGCAGGUUCGGAGCCUCUUGCAUAAUCUAAAUUGUAUUGAUGGGGGCAUAAAAAUACUUAUAUU